AGCCCAAUUCCUAAUGACCCAAACUGCCCCAAAGUGGAAUGGGCUGCCUCUGGAGGUGGGAAAUCCCUGCCCCCUCACUGGAGUCCUUCAAACAAGCUGGAUGAGAGCAUGUUAGGUACGUCACAGAGGGUGAUUCCUCGACACCCUCUCAGGCCUCUUUCACCUUGAGAUUUGGGGUGCUGGAGGGUGGGCUCCCAUGACCUGGGCCAGACAGUUCAGGUUCUGUAAAGCUCCCAACUGGAGGGCCAUUUCCUGAAUGGACACUGUGCCGGGGGCCUGGAGCCUAGUCCCCAAGGCUCCCAUCAGGUGCUCCAAGACCUUCUGAGUCCUCUUCCUCCCUCCUCCCUCCCUCCUUUCUCUCCCAGAUUGCAACUUGACCCCUUUUCCCAUGAUGAGCUUUGGGUCUGGGCCAUGGACACCUCCUCUCCUGUCCCCCCGCCCCACUCUCUCCUCCUGCGGCCAUUGACAAUGCUGGGUGUGUUUUUCUUCCUCCAAAGUUGGUUUCUUAUGCUUUUUUCCUCUCUCUUUUUCUCUCCCUUCUCUCCUUCCUUCCCUUCUUGCUCGCUCGCUGCCUCUGGGGCCUCCUCGUCUCGCUGCCUGGCUGGCUGGCUGGCGGGCUGCCCCCCUCCUGGGCAGGGAAGGCCGGAUGGUGGUGCUAUCCUUGGUCUUAGGGCUCUCGGAACAGGAUGACUUUGCCAAUAUCCCUGACCUGCAAAACCCAGGAACUCAGCAGAACCAGAGCGCUCAGGGGGACAAGAGGUUGCCGGCAGGUGGGAAGGCGGUGAACACGGCCCCCGUCCCGGGCCAGACGCCCCACGAUGAGUCCGACCGCCGGACCGAGCCGCGCUCUUCGGUCUCAGACCUCGUCAACUCCCUCACCAGCGAGAUGCUCAUGCUGUCCCCAGGCUCGGAGGAUGACGAGGCCCACGAGGGCUGCAGCCAGGAGAACCUGGGCCGGAUCCAGUUCAGCGUGGGCUACAACUUCCAAGAGUCCACCCUCACCGUGAAGAUCAUGAAGGCGCAGGAGCUGCCGGCCAAGGACUUCAGCGGCACCAGCGACCCCUUCGUCAAGAUCUACCUGCUCCCCGACAAGAAGCACAAGCUGGAGACCAAGGUCAAGAGGAAGAACCUGAACCCCCACUGGAACGAGACGUUCCUCUUUGAAGGCUUCCCCUAUGAGAAGGUGGUGCAGCGGGUGCUGUACCUGCAGGUCCUGGACUAUGAUCGCUUCAGUCGGAACGACCCCAUUGGCGAGGUGUCCAUCCCUCUCAACAAAGUGGACCUGACCCAGAUGCAGACAUUCUGGAAGGAGUUGAAGCCAUGUAGCGACGGGAGCGGAAGUCGAGGGGAGCUGCUCCUGUCCCUGUGCUAUAACCCCUCUGCCAACUCCAUCAUCGUGAAUAUCAUCAAAGCCCGGAACCUAAAAGCCAUGGACAUCGGGGGAACAUCUGACCCCUACGUCAAGGUGUGGUUGAUGUACAAGGACAAGCGAGUGGAGAAGAAGAAGACGGUGACCAUGAAGAGGAACCUGAACCCUGUCUUCAAUGAGUCCUUCAUCUUCGACAUCCCCACAGAGAAGCUGCGGGAGACGACGAUCAUUAUCACCGUCAUGGACAAGGAUAAGCUCAGCCGCAAUGACGUCAUCGGCAAGAUCUAUCUGUCCUGGAAGAGUGGCCCUGGGGAGGUGAAGCACUGGAAGGACAUGAUUGCCCGUCCUCGGCAGCCCGUGGCUCAGUGGCACCAACUGAAGGCCUGAGUGGGGCCUGGGGAGGCCCGGGGGUGGGGCUGUGGGCUCGGGGUUCGAGUCACGCCUUCACACUUUAUGCACAACGCCCCGGGUGUGGCUCCCCCAUUGGGUUGCGGGGAAGGACCCCUGCGGGCUCAGCCAGGGAGGGGGGCCUAGGACUCAGUACAGCCAUGUUUCUAGGCAAUGCCAGCCCUCCCCGGUUUGGGGGGGCCCUUGGGAGCCAUUUUCCUGCUUGCCCCUUUUCUUCAACUCGCCGACACUAAAGAAACAGGAGGGGGAGUGAGAGAGCAAGAGAGAAGGAUGGACAGAGAGAAGGACAGACGGCAGAACAGAGAGAUCACUCCAGAGGCCCCACCCGGUGGCGCUUGACUGGUCCACCAUUUUCUUUGAGGUGGCUCCUGGAGCUGUGGGCUGGCCAAGAAGCAGGCGAGGGCCAGGUGAGGCCACGGCAAUUGGCCUGGCCAGAAAGGCCCUCUUCCCCUCCGGGGCGCUGGGGGUUUUUAAGCCAUCUCGAGGCCCCUGCGGGCCAAGGGGUACAAAUAGCCGGCUUCAGAGCCGAGGCCUUGUGUCCAUGUGCUGUGUUCAAAUCGUCCAUGCGCACGUGUGAGCGCGUGAGGAGCCCGUCCUGUCCUCGGGGGCUCGAGAUUGCUCGCCAUGUGUGUCCCGGGGCCUCUGGAAAGGGGAAGGAGGAGGGAGAGAGGAAGACGGCGGGAUGGGGAAGAGGAAGCGAGGAGACUUGCCCAAAGCCCUACGCGGCAGAGCCACCGAGGAGCCCCAAUCCGCUUCAAGUCUGGGCCUCCGUGCUGGAUCGAGAAGGAGGAACACGCUGCCUCCCACCCCGACCUCUGCCUUCCAAUUCCUGGAGAGCCGGGGGCUGGGGGGGGGGGGGUCUUGGCCAGGGUCCCCACUGGGGCUUCUGCCAAAAAUGUACAGGCUGGCUCUCAUUUCCCCUCAAAAACACGAAGUAUGGAAUUCUGUCAUAUAUGAAAAAUACUCAUUACCUGUGGCUUUCUUUUAGUCCGAAAAUAGGCUUAGGAUCCUAGGAGUUAGAGUGUCCUAGUCCAACCCUGUCGUUCUUGAAAAGGGGAAACUGAGGCCCAGAGGGUAAGUGAGGUCGCCAAGAGGGGAGCUGAGACCUUUGAUGACAAAUCCAGCCCCACUCCACCUGCAUCGCUGCCCCUGUGUCCCGGGCCCGAGCCCCGGAUCCGCCCCACAAGUAACUUGGUCCCAAAGGCCAGACCAACAUCUCUCCAUUUGUGUGCUCUCUGGCCAAGUUAGUACGCCGUCCCUAGGUGUACUAUCCUCUCCUCAAUCUCCAAGGCUCUCCCAGUAAAGAGUCUGAGUCUGAAGUUGUGCCUGGGGCUGUCCCCCUCGACGGACGACCCCAUUGCCCAGAAUUUUUAAGUAGGCUGGUCCCAUGGAUGGAGAGCCAAGCCUAGAGAUAGGAGGUCCUGGGUUCAAAUCCAGACUCAAAUACUUCCUAGCUGAGUGCCCCUGGGCAAGUCACUUGACCUCAACUGCUUAGCCCUUUCCACUGUUCUGCCUUGGAACCAAAACACAGUUUUAAUUCCAAGAUGGCAAAUAAGGAUCGGAAAAUCAAUAAGUAAAUACAUAAGUCGGCUGGUCCCAGCCACUGCCCUCUAGAUGGAUACACAGUGCCGGAGCAGGCCUGGUUCCAUCCCUGGAGCCUUCAACCGGGCCCUGCCCCCGCCUUUCUCGUUGUCCUAGUGGUCCCACACUGCCCCCCCCCCCCCCGCCGCCUUCCAAAAUCUCAUCGCCUUCAUUCUCACUGGGAAAACGCGCUCGCCCCUGCCGGGCUCCGGACCUCUCCUGCCCUCUAGGUCCUCCUCUGUUCUUUCAGCCCCUCAUCGCUCCCUUCCAUGCCUUCCCCAGGGGCCUCCCCCAUGUCGCCCCCUCCCAUUGGGCCGAAUUGGGUGUCAGCUUUGAGCCAGGACAGGAAAGGUCCGGCUCCAGCUGGAGCCCAGGAGACCUGGAUGAGCCCUCGGGCGUUUGGACACCCAUUCUCAAAGCCCGAAGGGAUGGUGGAAUCUAGAACUGGAACCUAGAACGUCAGCUAGAAGGGAAGAGGAGUCAUGCUGGAAGCAACCUGAGAAUGGAGGCUUUCCGAGCUGGAGUCGAGUUGCCAACACAGCAUGUUAGAGCUGGGAGGCCCUUAGAAGACUGAAUGUUGGAACGAGGUAGAAUGCUGACAGCUGGGUGGCCCUGUGCCUUGAGAGCCAGGACUAGAGGCAGCAGGUCCGGGGUUCAAAUCUGACCUCAGACACUUCCUAGCUGUGUGACCCUGGGCAAGUCCCUUCACCCCCAUGGCCCAGCCCUUCUGCUCCUCUGCCUCGGAACCAAGGCACGGUAUCAGUUCUAAGUGUUGUUGCUUUGUUAAGUAGAAUGUUGGAGCUGGAAGGAACAUGGGAGCAUAGAUGGUCAGGCCUGGAAAGACCUUAGACUGUGGAUUCUCAGAUUGAGACGACGUUAUCAGAGCUGGAAGGGAAUUUGGGGCCCAGAACAUGGUGGAAGGCAUUGUCUUGGGAUAUAAAGCACAGAGUGAGGCCGAGCUAGGAGGAACCUAGAACAUCAAAGCUCAGAGCUAGAACAUCCGUAGAGCGUAAAUGUCUGAGCCGAUCUUGGCCCCUAGGAGGGCCACGCUGGAAGAGAUCCAAAAGAUGGCCCCGUCUGUGCCCAUGAUGGCUGCCCAGGAGAAAUUCUAUGGGAGCCCCAGCAGCUCGCUCUGAGCCUGGGAACCCAGAAAGGGGCCCUUUGGCCGGGACCCCGCUCCCUGGAGGCUGGGGGCUGGUGGGACCAUCGAUUUGCCCCCAAAGUAUUUCUGAACCCCUUGAAGGAGGGCCGAGCCGGCCCGUUCCCUUCUCCACCUCUCCUUGCCAAGAGCUGGGAUGGAGCAUCUGAAGGCGCCCCUGCAUGGCCCCAUACGGUUGGUGCUGGCGUCUCUGCCAGUGGUGGCUUCUGGGUGAUCCCGCUGAAAGUCUGAUGACUCCUCCCCACCUUCUUAUUGCUACCUGGAAGAGCGCGCUUUGAUGGAGGGCAAAGCCAGAGUCCCAGAGGAGCAGGUGUCGACCUGCACUUCCUAACGCUGGCCGCCAGAUGGCAAAUAGACAACGUGGACUGGCAGCCGUUCCCUGCCCAGGCUCUAGCAGAAAAGUUGGCCUGGUGUGGAGAACAAAGAGAGCAGAUGCCCGGCCGUGCUGGGGGAAAGGCCGACCGGGACCCCCAGGGCCCCUUACCCUAGUGCAACAGAGGGACGAGACUCCCAGCCGCCAUCUCUAAGAGGCUUGGGGCACGGAUGCCCUCUGUUUAGAAUGGGCAUUCCUGGAGGGGCGAGGAGCCAGAGAACCUCUGCUGUCCAGCUGCCUCAUUUCCCGACACGGAGACUGAGAACUUCAGGGCUUCAAGGGCCUUCGGGCCAGCGACAGAGAGGCUUUGGAGCACGGAGCGUCAGAUACAGAGGAACCUUCCAGCAGAAUUUCUGAGCAGAGAGGGAGGGGCCUUAGGACGUAGAAUGCAAAGGUUACACUUGACUUAGGGACAGAGCAAGGAUUUGAACUCAGCUCUUUGGGCUCGAGAUCAUACUCACUUCUCCAUGUCUCAGUGCUGAACUGCUUCCCAUCACCGAUAAUAAUGCCCAGGAGCUCUGAGGCCCAGCCUUUCUAGGUCUUAACUCUGCCCUCUCUCGUCCUUACUGUUACCUUGAGCAAGUCACUGAAUUUCUCUAGGUCUCCGUCUUCCUCAGAGAAGCAAGGGAAUUGGGUCAGAUGACCCGAAGGACCCCUCUAGCGCUCACUCUCAGAUUCUCGCACCCUAGGAAGUUACGGAGAAACAUUAGCAAGCAGUGACUCUGGGCUUCUGGGAUCUGGAUUCGAUUUCUGACUAUUAUUUCAUACUAGCUGUGAGACCUUGGGCAAGUCACGUCGUCUCUGCUUCCUCAUGGGUGGAAUGGGUUAGGGAAAGGGGUCUAGAGACUGAUCCCUUGGGUCCUUUCAGGUCUGAAGUCUGAGUCAAUGAGUGGCAGAAAGGUCAGGCUUGUGUGGAGGGAAGGGAUGGAACAGGGUCCAGAGGUGGCCCUCACGGAAGCAGAAGAGAAGCGGCAGGAAGGGGAGAUGGUAGGUGAGGAAGGCCACGUCAGGGAAGAAUGUGAUCAGAGAGACUCUUCCGCCCUUGGUGCCUCAGUUUCCUUCUCUGUAAAAUGAGGGGUUUGGACCAGAUGGCCCUAAAUCCUAAUGAGCGGGAGUCCAGGAGUGCGCAGGCUGGGGAGGGAGCGCCCAAAGGAGAAAAGGGAAGGCUGAGGGCAGGGGAGGAGUGUGGAGGGCUGCCAGGUGUGUCGUGCGUCUCCCCCUUCCUUCCCUCCUCCCCUCCUUGUGGGUGGGGAGGAGCCGCCAGCCAGCAAGCCCCUCACCUUGCCAUUCUUAGCUAGUGAUUCCCAGCUGGGGUCAAACCAAAUCAUAUUGGAGUGGGCGGGGGCAGGGCACCCAGAGCCGGCUCAGCCAAUCAGGCGCAAAGAUGCUGGGGGGGGGGCACCUCCUGCUCCCGCACCCACCCCCAGCCCUCCCCUUCCUGCCCCUGGCCUCAGACCAAGGAGAGCCUCCUGGGAUCCGGGUGGCCAGAGGUAGGGGUCACCAGGCCAGGAGGAGCAGGGGGGCCGGAAGCAGCCCCCCCACCCCGUGCCGCCUGCGCCUCAUUUUCUCCAUUUGUAAAACGAAUGCUUCACCUACCUCACAGGGGAGGCUGUGAGGCUGCGGGCGCCGGCCUGGGUCCGAGGGCGCCCUUGGCUUUGGACGGGGCUGCCCCGAGAGCGGGGCCUGCUUCCCCUGGCCAGGGGACCUUCUGGGAUGGCUGAGACCAAGGAGGAAGGCCUAGGCCUCCCUGGCCGCCCUCCGGUGCCCAGUAGGGUGUCAUCUGUGGUCUUGGGGGGAGGCGAGAGCUCCUAGCGAUGACCUCCGUCUCUUAUCUUGUGACCAUUCUCCUGUAAUUGCUGUACAGAGUGCCCCCCGCCCCCCACCUAGCAGUGCCCCCGAAGGAGGGGACGGAGAGACCCAGGGGCCCUCCACCCCCGGCCCGGCCGGGGCCCAAGGGGGGCCUGCCCUUUUUAUCCUGUCGAGUCCUCUCACAGCAAAGUGUUUUAUAAAAAAAGACAAAAUUCACCACCACAAAAAAACAAAAACAAACCACAAACCUCAACAUUCUCAGCGAAGAGAAAGGAAGAAAAACGAAUGGGAAAAAAACCAUAAAAGCCGUUUCCACCACACACACCCUCUCUAAGCCAGCGAGAUUUCCUCUUUGCAGAUUCCUAUUUUUGUGAGAAUGGCCCCUGCUUUGGGGGGGGGCGUUCGGAUUAAUAAAGGAUAGUGAAAAAGCAGGGCCUCGGCUCCUUCCUCCGCCGUUCCCUAGCACCCCGGCCCAGCCUCCCCCCCAGAAGAAAGCGAAGGAGAUGGGGGAGGCCAGGCUGGGGCUCCCUCCACCCCCCACCUCUGGCCUCUGGUGGAAUAGCCCCGGCUAGCCCCCCCCCACCUACUCAUUCGUAGGCUUCCUGGCUAUCGUCCCCCAAGGGGAAAUAGUGGCACCUUAGGGCCUCCUGCUGUGACCCCCAGGGAGGAGCUGAGACAGACUCCCCCAUCCUCGGUCCAUACCUGGGGCAGGGCAGACCAGCCUCCAAAACCACCCCAAGGGGAGGCCCAGCCCCCUUAGGAACAGCAAUAGCCAAGCGAGCAUUCUCUCCCCCACCCCACCUCUGGGGUUCCAGUCCUGCCUCUUCCCCCUCCCUGGCUGUGUGACCUUAGGCAAGUCACUUCCGUUUCUCACCCCUAAAAGGGCAAUAAGCACCCCCGGCCCUGCCCCUCCCACGGAGGAGCUGGGGUCUGAGUCGUGCUCAGGGUUUCCUAGGAAGAAGGUGCUAAAUCAGCUUCCCUCACGAGCACAAAAGGAAAUCCCAGUCCUGGGCUUGCUGCCGUCCCACCCUCCUUCCUGCGCCCAGCCCUGAGGAUGGGUUCCUCCUGCAGUGAGGGCUGAUGGGCUUCUCCCUCCCCUCCCGAGCUGCCCCGCACUCUGGCUCGGUUUAAGCAUCCCUUCCGACGUCACCCUUUUUCUCUGGAAGCUGAUCCCUCGUCAGGGAAACAACGCCAGGAAGGACCUUGGGGACCAGCCAGUCCGGCUCCCCACCCCGCCCGGUGUGACCCCCUUCUCGCAGAGCCAGGAGGAGCCACGGGGGGCCGCUGCCAGACAGCUCGGCCCCGAGCCAAGGGACGGAAGGCCGGGGCCUUGAGUUUUUCCCAUGGAAAAUAGUCCCUGGAAAAAAACAACCCACCCAGCCCUGGUGCUCAGGUACUGCCCAGGAAAGGCCUGGACGUGCCAGGCCGGCUACUCCGCGGGCUCCGGCCUGCCUCUGUCCGACGAGGGAGUUGGGCCAAGUGGAUUCUGAGGUCCUCCGUGUGCCGCCGCCGUACCACCCUCCGAGCCCCCGAGAGCCCACGUCAUUUCAGCCCAUAUUGGGAUCCGGCCCCCAGUGCCAGCGGCGCCUCCUCCGCCUCGGCUCUCCUCCUGUUCUCAUCCCGCCAUCUCCCCGUGCUCGGUCCCCUUCUGCAGGCCUCGUCCCCCUUCAGGACCUCCUCUCUAGAUUCCCGGAUCACUGGAAGCUUCUCUUGAGCAAUCCUCCCCUCGCACCCAGGACAGCGGUGCUCCGGGCGUCUGUCUGUCCCUCGGCGCUGUCCCCGCCUCCAUCCCCCUUGUCUGUGUCCUGUGUGCUUCUGUCUUGUUUAGAUUGUGCACCCCCGGGGCAGGGCCCCCGUCUGACUCAAUGUUCUGUGCAGCACCAGCAGGUGCCUGAAUAAAUGUUAAUCCAUGGA